AUGAUGGCGCCACAGCCCUCAUUGAAGUUGUCCGGCUCCAUCUUCUUCUCUGCAGACAUAGGGUCCGAGACCUUGAGUGCGCCGACAUCGCCAUGCACCUCAUGGUGGACACCGGACGGCACAACUCACCCAGUUCUAAAGGCUGCUUUCUUGGCUUCCGGUUUGGACCAGUGCGGCCUUAACAGUACGGUCGACGAGAACGGGCAGACGGUUUGGAGCGGAAAUAUCAGCCUCUUCGUGGGCCUACGCCCGUCACAAUCUGGCUUGGACGAGAGGGUUCUCUCUUACUGGACUUGGCCGAUCAGCAUUACCCGUGUUCACUCCAGCAAGUACACAUUUGCUGUGAUGCCUCUCAGCACCUUCGGAGCCCAUGGAGAUGGGCGAGUCACCGACCGAGAGUUCGAGGAGAUGCCCAAUGGGCUAAUCGAGGUGGCAGGAAAUGCUUCAGUCGGAUCACGCAUGUCCUUCUUCAGCAGCGCCAGCUUCGACGAGCCAAGCAAUUUCACUCUGUUCAAGGCUGGCGAAGAAGCGUACGUGGAGCUGAAGCUCAUCGACGACAACUUUAGCAUGAAGUUGACAAAGGUGGUUCUUUCAACAGAGAGCACCCCGAACGAUACCGACAGCAUCGUCCACGACUUCACAAACGAAACCAAGGAAGUAACGAAUGGCGACGGGAAGAUCGACUUCACGGUUAUCCUUAGACCAUGCUUGGAGUGCUUCUUCAUCGUUGAGGGCGAGAACGUACCCAACGGGCGCAGACUGCUGUCAGGGCAUGGCGGCGCGAUGAAGGCUUUCCACGCUUUCGAGAUGACGGUGGAAUUUGAUCAGAAGGUGUCGGUGCUCGCCUCCAUGAAGGGCGCCCAGGGAGAAGGCAUGAUCGACGAAUUGACGACAGCUAUGCGAGGACAUUUCGGCAAGGGAUCUGGCCGACCCAUCCAUGCUGUCCAAGUGUGGAUCGAUCCAGGCAUGGAGCCAGAUGCUUUGUACAUGCGCGCGGCCAUCGGCGCGGACAACAUGAGCAGUGCCAGCGACGUUGCCGCGAAACUCCAGCGCACAACCAUCACCGAUCUCAUUAUGGACGCGGCCGAGAGCGUUGGCAUGCAGAGGGACCACCUACACGCAGAUGUAGUUGAGGUGGUAGCGCCAGGCGACGCCGCCCACAGUGAUUGGUUUUUGGUGAGCUGGCAGUACAUGGUGUUGGCCAGCCUAGUCACCGUGCUUGUCUUUCUGAUCUGCGUCGCUUCGACGCUGUAUGUCAAGGCGAAGCGGCAUGCACGUGAAUCUCAAGACGCCAAUCCUUUGAUUGCAGCUGACUGCUCGCAUGCCAGGAUCAUGGACAUUUUGCACUCAGGGGGGUGCUCGGACGAUGAAAUUGACUUCAUCAUGUCCGAGCAGGCUCCAGCGACUCGGGCCUAG